UGGAGGACCCAAACAGUUUGAAAUCUAUAUAAAAAAAGAAGAAAAGAUGGAUUUACGCGUUGUGGUUUCCGUCGUAUCCAUGAUGAUGUGCGCCGGGACUUGGCACACAGCCGUGUCGGCUCCUGCAGGAGGACCAACCGCUCCCCCCGCGCGCCACGUGAGGACCAAGCGAUGCUCUUGCGCCACCUUCCUGGACAAGGAGUGCGUCUACUUCUGUCACCUGGACAUCAUAUGGGUCAACACACCAGAGCGCAUUGUCUCAUACGGACUGGGAAACGCUCCGAGGAGGAGGCGCGCCGUGGGGGACUCCGCUUCUACAGACGAGGGACCUCGGUGCAAGUGCCUCCGCGAGAAUGACAACACUUGCACCAACUUCUGCCAGCUCAGGCGUGAGACAUCGCCAGACAAGGUGAUCCUUUCUGCCGGAGGCGACGGCUGUGCUGAGAGACGGUGCAAACACAAGCUGGCAGCCAACAAGGCAGGCGGGAUUAAAAGGAUGAGGGACGGCAUCAGGAAAGUUGCAUCACCUCUGGCUCUCAGGGCUCUCCUUCAGACCCGCCUGCUGCUGGAGAGGUGGCGGGCGAGACAGAGAUACAGGGCAAGAGCCUGGGAGGGGGAAAACACUGCCCCCUAAACGAGACGGGAGGACCUCCAGGGGGACUUGAUAGCCAUCAAACCAAUUCUCCAACCAUCAGGGAGCCUGUUGCAGUGGCCCCUCCAGGUGGCAUUGGAUACCCUGCAAGCUGAAUCCAUGGUGGCUCAGUGGCUGCGGGGGGUCGUCUGAGCGGGGGGGCUACCGCAGCUUGGUUGCACUUCAUACUGGAGAUGGACAAGGUCAGAGAUAGUGGGAGCUCAGGUGAAGAGAGAUAAAGUGAAUCGAGGGCAUGGUCCUUACAGACUCAAGGACCCUUCAGUGAUCAUCUCAGGUGUCAUGGUCACAGCGUAGACCCUGGUAUCACUCCUUUGUACUCAGAACGAUAUAAAAUCAGCUGAAGUUGUUAUCCAGAGCAACUUUCAGUGGGUCAGCAGGUUUCAUGCCUUCCUCAGAGGACACUUCAACUGGAUAUCGGGAUCAAACAUGAGACCUUGUGGUCUCGGGACAGUCUCAAACACCUACUGACUGCACACCUUAAACUUCAGCAGGAGUUAUUGUGUGUACCUCAUGGCACACCGCACUCACAUAACAGACCAUCCCAUUAGGACAAAGUUCACUGUACUGUAGCUACGCAAUAGAAUUGGGAGUUUUGUACACCAAUAGCAGUUACAGCUGCUGUUGUUACCCCGCUGUAUCAUAAUUUAAUUUUCCCCCAGAUAUUUUUGUGUACAUUUUCACAGGAAUGUACUUAUUUAUUCUUGUUGUACAAUGUACUAUAAUGGCCAUAUUGG